GGCGGGGCCGGACUCGAGCUCGACCCAGUUUGAAAGUGAACCAACGGCUCCAGUCGCUGCUUCGCCACCAAACAUCAACAAGAACCCCGAACCCGAAAAACGGACCCGGUCCAGUCUGCUCCAGCCUGUCCCGGCCCUCCUGACGAGCCGCCAGUAUGAUGCGUAAAGACGUCAACAAGCCGAAGGGGAAGACGUCGGCGUACGCCUUCUUUGUCCAGACGUGUCGAGAGGAGCACAGGAAGAAGAACCCCGAGCAGUCGGUCAACUUCGCCGAGUUCUCCAAGAAAUGCUCCGAGAGAUGGAAGGCUCUGUCUCCCAGUGAUAAGAAGUGUUUCGAGGACAUGGCGAAGGCCGACAAGGUGCGUUACAACCGUGAGAUGAGGGACUACGUCCCCCCCAAAGGCUUCGGGAAGAGGGGCCGCAAGAGGAAAGAUCCCAACGCACCCAAAAGACCCCCGUCUGCCUUCUUCGUGUUCUGCAGCGAGUACCGUCCCAGCGUCAAGCAGCAGUACCCGGGUCUGUCUAUAGGAGACUGUGCCAAGAAACUGGGAGAGAUGUGGAGCAAACUGUCCCAGUCUGAGAAACUACCGUACGAAGAGAAGGCCCAGAAGCUACGAGAGAAAUACGACCGGGACAUGGUGGCGUACCGCGGCGGCGGCACGUACGCCAGGAACCCCGGCUCUUCAGCUCAGGGAGGCGACGAGGAGGACGAUGACGAGGGAGAGGACGAAGAUGACGAGGAGGACGAUGACGAGUAGAGACCACGAGCUGCAGCUGGAUGAGAGAGAGAGACUGAGAGUGUGUGAGACAGACGGAGAGAGAGAGAGAGAGACAGGUGUGUGUGUGUGUGUGUGUUUCAGAGGAAGCAGGAGGUCAAAGGUCAGACAGGUUUUAAACAUUUUAAAGUGAAGGUCAGGCUCUGCUAGCUGCUCAUUGGCUGACAGGAGAGGGGGCGGAGCUUCACAGCAAACUGAGUUUAAAACAACAGAAAUCUGAGCUGUGACGUCUCCAUGACGACGCGUCGGCUGAACAUCGUCUCCUUCAGACAGGCAGACGUCUGCAGCUGAUUUUAGGGAGAGAAGAAGAAGACGACAGACAGACAGGUGGAGGUGAGAUCAGCUGCCAGCCAAUCAGAAGCAGCUACGUUGUGUUACCAUGGUUAUCAGGUCGACUGUAGUUCAACAGAGUUUCAUAUCUGACGUGUUGGGAAGAGUUUUAGGUGCUCAGAUGAGACUUUCCUUCCUCCAGGCAGCUGCUGGUUUCAGCCCAGUUUAAAUCCAGUACACACCAGUACGUCACAUAUAUACACACACACCAGUACACACCAGUACAUCAUAUAUACACACACACCAGUACA